CGCAGGGUACUUUCGUGUAGAGUGAAGUUUUUUAUAAUUUUUUCAUGGGGUUAAAAUAAAAAAAAACUUGUAACAUGCAUUACGUACAAAAGUAUCUUGAAAAUUGUUCAUUGCCCAAGGCUGUAACUGCAAAUGGCAGAAUACCUAACAACAGUGGUAAAGCAAACAUUUAUCUGUACUGUAAUUAUUACAGUUUUUAUUCCCAAAAGGUAAUAAUGGCUAUGUAUGAAAAAAACAUUGAUUUUGUGCCACUUGAAGUGGAUAUAACUAAAGGCGAACAGUACUCGUCAUGGUUUCUAGAAAUUAACCCGCGUGGAGAAAUCCCAGUGCUUAAAGUACAUGAUAAUAUAAUUCCAGACUCAACAAGAAUUUUGGAUUAUUUGGAGCUGCAUUUGGAUCCAAAACUGCCUUCCUUGACAGCUGUAUCAUCGGAUAACAAGGUUAUAGAGAACAUCAACCAAUUUCGAGAACUUAUUGAAGCUCUGCCUGCUGGAGUUAUUACUGUAGGCUCAUUUUUCCAGCCACAUUUAUGUGGUCGCCCCAAGAUGCCUUUUAUUCUGCCGAUCCGAGAAUUACUCAAAAGUGGAGAUAUCAGCAACUCACAAAAUCUUAGAAGGUUAGCAGAGGAAAACCCAAAAGCAAGAGAUAUACUUUUGUACAAAGCUGAAAUUCAAGACAGAAAACAUGAAAUUCUUACAAAUGAAUUGGAGUACAUAAAGACACUUAAUGUUGUUGAUGAAGUUUUAACUGCCAUAGAGAAGCAAUUAAAAACUCAAAAUGAAGGAAAUUGGCUCUGCUGUGAGAAUUUUAGCAUAGCUGAUGUCAGUUUAGCUGUUUUACUGCAGAGGCUAUGGGAGCUUGGUUUAGAGAACCGAUUUUGGGCAGGGGGCAAACGCCCAUUGCUAGAAAAUUAUUAUGAACGCAUAAAGCAACGUGAUUCUUUCAAGAAAACCAUGCCUAAUCUACCAUACCACAUAAAGAUGAUUGUUAUGUCUCAGCCGACUGGCUAUGUGUGUGCUGCUGGAGCAGCAUCAAUUGGUGUUGUUGUGGCAAUAAUAUACAUGUUCAAGAAGAUUAUUGGCUAAAAUGCACACAAAUACUUGAGUAGGUAUAUGAUUUUUUGAGAAAUUAUGUCGGUAUCAAGCUCUGUAUUUUAUUGUGAUGAAAGAAGUGAAGCAUUACACAUUCUGACAAUUUGCCAUUACUGUAUAUUUUUUUAAUAAACAUUGUACAUUCAGUGUUCCUGCUUAUCUCAAAACAAAUCAGUAAACAUCAAUGCCUAACAUAAUACAAUUUGUAUAUUAAGACUGUAACCAACACAGUUGAAAAAUCAAAGAUUUUUUGAUCUCCUGAUGUAUAUAUGAACAUCAUUGUAUAGGACAAUCAUACACUACUUUCAUCUUAAUAGGAUUUGUAAAUACGUAUUGUAAACAUAAAGACAAACAGUAUUAGAUUUGAUUUGAUUUUAUUUUAGUUUUAAAAAGGAUAAAUUAUAAAAGUUAUAAAAAUGUAGACAAUUGGUGCUCAAGAAAAAAGAUUAUGAAGUAACGGAUACCAGUUUGCUGUAAAUAUUACUUAGAACUAACUGUUACUGAAGAUAUUCCAAAACACUACAAGUACCAAUAGAUUAGUAUAGAUAAAUUAGUAGUUGCAGUGAUGAGUAGCUUCAUAGGCCAUCAAAAGCCACCUUAAAAAGAAAUAAUAGAUUGUGCAUGAUAAUAUAAUUAAUGGAACCUGCCUAAUUACGUAAUAUUAAAACCAAACAAAACAAAUAAAAUAGCCACUAACCCUAUGAAACAUUGAGAAAUCCUCUUUCUAAUACAAAUAAAUACAUAUUUUUACUUUACUUAUACUUCAUUACCAUAAACUUAACAUAAACAUGCACAUUUAACAGUAAUUGCAUUUAACAGAAUGCACUGAACAUUGACUUACAAAUAAAUGGACGAUGGGUCUAAUACAAAAACCACGAAAAUGUCCCAAGUCAACCUAUUUAAAAGUAGUGACAUGUAAAGGAAUAUGAAAAAGCUAAAACGU